AUCGGCAGGUUCGCCGGUAGAACUGCUGCUGCUGUCCGAUCGAAUUCUUAAAUAGGACGGUUUUCAGGCAGAAGUUGCAACAUCUUUCUGUGUUCUGGUUUCUUAUUUAAUCGUGUGAUUAGCAAAAGCUCGCUUAAUGGUUGUGAGUAAAUGUGUGUUUUUGGUUAUUUGAUCAAUAGUUAAAUUUCUCCGAAUAGUAAAAUUGUAAUUAGUGAUUAAGUUAAUUGACAGGCGAACUCAAUAACGUUAGCUCCCGUUUGAAUCAACGCGCCAGGUCACUCAUUCACGGAUUUAAACCACAAUUUAAUAGUCAUGACGAACCAGGAGAUGCGGUUAAAUCACACUAUUUACAUCAACAACUUGAAUGAAAAGAUCAAAAAAGAUGAACUGAAGAAGUCGUUGUAUGCUAUAUUCUCCCAGUUUGGACAAAUUCUGGACAUCCUUGUCUCUCCUUCACUGAAGAUGAGGGGGCAGGCCUUCGUGAUCUUCAAGGAGAUCAACAGUGCUUCCAGCGCACUCCGCUCUAUGCAAGGCUUUCCCUUUUAUGAUAAACCUAUGCGUAUUCAGUAUUCAAAGCAGGACUCUGAUAUAAUUGCAAAAAUGAAGGGCACAUAUGUGGAGCGAGACCGUAAGAAAGAGCAGAAAAAGCCUAAAGCCCCUGAUGCAGGUGCUGGGAAAAAGGCUUCUGCUGCCACAGCUGCCAUGGCCGGAGUACCUGCAGCCAUGCCUGGAAUGCCACCCCUGAGCCAAGCCCCUCGUAUGAUGCCAAUGCCUGGUCAGCCUCCCUACAUGCCUCUGCCUGGCAUGAUGCCUCCUCCUGGUAUGGCACCUGGGCAGAUGCCUCCAGGUCAGAUGAUGCCAGGACAAAUGCCUGGGCAGAUGCCACAGCAGGUGUCCGAAAACCCUCCCAACCACAUCCUGUUUCUCACCAAUCUCCCAGAGGAGACGAACGAGCUCAUGCUGUCUAUGCUGUUCAACCAGUUUCCUGGAUUCAAAGAAGUCCGUCUCGUCCCCGGCCGCCACGACAUCGCCUUUGUGGAGUUUGAUAAUGAGGUGCAGGCGGGUGCAGCCAGAGAAGCUUUGCAAGGCUUUAAGAUCACACAGAGCAAUGCUAUGAAAAUCUCAUUUGCGAAGAAAUAACACUUGUGUACAUGCAGUGAAUAGAUAACACACACGCCAUCCAAAAGAAAAAGUCCAGAGGUGAAAUGUACUGUUCGUUUUUAUUUGAUGUGACUUGCCUAGCUGUGCCCGUUAGAUUUGUACUGCACAAUGCCAGGUAAGGAGUGAAUGGAAAGGUUUACCCUCUCCCCCUUCUCCACUUUUAUUCCCUUUUCUGAGAUGGGCGGCUUUGGUGAGUUUGUAAGUAUGCAGGUUUUUUUUUUUUCUAAUUCCAAUUAAGUCUUCAGAAGCAUUGCACCCAGAGUCUGGUUCCCAGACAUUGUACCUGGAGCUUUGUUCUGAUUAAAUCACAAUGUUUUACA